AUGGAAUUUUUUUCAACCAAUAUUGAAACAUGUGAAUGGAUAUCACAAGGUUUACCAGCUGAUGAAUUUUCAAUAGAAAAUGGUAUUCAAACUUUACAAACAAAUCGUUUUCGUUUUUAUGUUGAUGAAUAUAUUGAUCCAAUAAUCCUAGAUAUUUUUUCGAAAAAUAGUCAAGGUGAUUUAACUCAUCAAUAUGUUAAAUUAGGCGAUAAAUAUAUUGAUAUUGAUAAAAAUUUUCGCAUGUAUUUAACAUGUUGUUUAUCAAAUCCAAUAUUAUCUACUUUACAUUUUUCUUGUUCAAAAGUAAUUAAUUAUACAGUAACAUUAAAAGGUCUUGAAGACCAAUUAUUAUUUUCACUUGUUUAUGUAUGUUUUUUGGUGACCAGAGUUAUCAGUUUUUCAGUAUUAUAA